GACCCUUGUCUCUACGACUUGGGAAAUACGGUUGAUGUAGAUCUUUCCUUGAUGGCUGAUGGAUAUGCUUGAGCUAUCACUUCCUGUGAUGACUUGUUGCCGAGACCGUCCUGGAUGUCCAACAAAGCAACUCCAAUAACGAGAAAGACGCAAGUAUUUAUAUUGUUGAUCUGUCGGUCCCUCUAGUUUAGGAGCGCAGUCACUGCCGUCACUACUAUGCAAGCAUCGAUACGUCCUACCGCUCGGUAGCAUCAAACACUAGGAUUCACCUUGGGAGUAACAAAGUUUCAAUCCUCCACGUAUUUGGAUCAUCCGUCCCGCAGCUACUCCCUUCUGAUUUGACCAUGGCACCUCACGUUUACGUGUCUUCACCAGCUGGAAACUUUGCGGCUAGCUUCCCCGGUGAUUCCCUCUGGCCGACUACUUCGGAACCAAAGACAAGCCGCCCACCGCCAAUCGAAUCGCAUCCAUCACCGAAUGGCUCUAUUGGAUGCUGCCCGACGGAGAGAAGUUUCCGUGCAGCACGUCCGCUGAGAGCUGGCGUGUACGUCCCAACCGUCUGUUUCUUCGAUCAGGAGACGGAGGACGUUGAUAUCGAUACCAUUGCUCGCCACGCGGUACGACUCGCCGAGGCUGGUGUGGCCGGCAUUGCAACUCAAGGCUCAAAUGGAGAAGCCGUUCAUCUAACUCAUGCCGAACGCGAGCAAGUGACGUCUACUACACGCAAGGCGUUAGACAACGCUGGCUUCUCGCAUAUCCCCGUGGUUGUUGGCUGUGGUGCCCAGAGUACUCGUGAAACCAUCCAGUACUGCUGCGAGGCGUGGGAAGCGGGAGGCGACUACGCCCUCGUGUUGCCCCCGUCAUACUACGCAGCGUCGUUUGCUCCGUCGUCCAAGACUAUCAUAGAGUAUUUCUCGACGGUUGCCAACAUAUCUCCCAUACCUAUCAUCAUAUAUAACUUCCCGAGCGCGGCGAACGGCCUAGACCUAACCUCUGAUAUAAUCCUACACCUGGCACGCCACCCUAAGAUCGUCGGCGUUAAGCUGACAUGCGGAAACACCGGAAAGCUAAAUCGCAUAGCGGCUGUGGUGCAGAAGCGGACCAAGGCCUACGACCCGGAAAGGCCAGACUUCCUUGUGCUGGCCGGGUCAGCCGACUUUUCAAUACAAUCACUGAUAGCUGGUGGCCACGGCGUGCUCGCUGGACUUGCAAACAUUGCGCCGAAAACUUGCAUCAAGACUAUCGAGUUAUAUAAGGCAGGCCGGCACCCCGAGGCUCAAAAGAUGCAAGAAACCCUGUCUCAUGCCGAUUGGAUCGCGAUCCAGGGCGGCGUGAUAUGCGUCAAGGCCGGACUCCAGGGGUGGAUGGGGUACGGUGGCUACAUGCGCCGUCCACUCCCAAAACCAACCAUUGAACAGGCAAAAUCUUGGAAAGAGGGAUUCCGGGAGUUGGUAUUAUUAGAGGAGUCGCUGUGACAGGAUAUCUCAACGGAAAAUAAGAUAUCCAACGCUCCAUUUGAGUCUUGGUCAAGACAUGCGCUGUUCAUAUUAAUAUCUGAUAUUAGGCGGAGAAAUGACCUCCGAACUGAAUACCCGUUAACACCGACCUCACGACUUUUCAG